AUCUCUAAGCUCGUGAUCAUCUACUUGAUCUCAAGCUCAUUAUUAUGUUCAUUAUUCUCUUCAUGACCUAAAAGGCGCUUUUAGUCGUGCUCAUCAUAUUCUUCCAUCAUAAAACCGACUUCUAAACCUGGUUGUUUCAGAUUAUUACAAACCAAAGUUUCAAGUUCUUCAGAUCGAAUCUUCUUGAGAUCUUGAUGAAAUAAAGUCUUAAUUCAUUGGAACAUGGAGAAGCUUCUCAAUCCGUACGAACAGCAGUACAUGAAAAUGGCUAUGCUUAAACAUGAAGAAACGUUCAAGCAACAGGUAUAUGAGCUUCAUAGGUUAUAUCAAGUCCAAAAGAUUUUGAUGAAGAACAUGCAGAUCAACGAGGGGAAUAAUGUAAGUUCAGGACUAGGGACGUUCAUCAGAAGAGUUGACCAUGAUAUUGACCAACCGGUGAAUUUUCCCGGCGGAGGAGAAUCCGGUGGUAAUAAUAUAGAGAUUAUGGACGAGAGUGAGAUAGAGCUAACGCUUGGACCGUCAUGUUACGGUGGCGAUUUGAUGAGACUGAACAAGAAGAAGAGAAAGAAUUCUUGGCCGGAGAUAAUGGACGAAAAUUUAAAUUCCGGCCGCCAGAGCUUUUCGUCGUCUUCGACAGGGUCAAGCAAUAAUAACCUCAACAAUCUUGAAGAACAAGAGAGAUUAAUGAAACAUCAGAAGCAGAAGCAGCCAUGGCUUCAAGCAUUGACCUUGAAUGUUAUUUGAUAAUAAUAAAUAAUAUUCAUAGUAGCUAUAUUCUGAAAUAGAUUUCUCUUCCUCUCUUCGAUUUAGUAUAUUUUUACCA